AUGGAUGGCUUUAUGCAAUUGAGCAACACCAUCCUAAUCAGGCAGGUGAAGAAAAUGGCUUCCACUGAUUUGCAUGACAUGUCCCGCCAUUUUCGUUGUGGAUUUUCUCCUCUCUUCAUGGAGAUGGUGGUGACGCUUCUAACCCAUCUCUCUUUAUCUCAAGGAAAGAAAAAACAGUAUUCUCAAAAAGAAAAAGGAAAGAAAAAAAGAGUGGGUCUUAUUAUUUUCUACCCUCCUCCCCUGUGUCCGUCCUCUGAUCCGUCGUCUCUUCUUUGCUUCCUUUCCUCAGGAAGAGACAAUUUGUGGAUCAGCUUAUGGGGACUCUUACCUCCGGUUGAUAACUUCACAAGUCUGCAUUCCGUCUGUCUGAAUGGUUGACCUUGUCAUGAGCAUUGAACUUCAUGUGCUUCGGGAUGUAGAUACAACUAUGCAAGCUAUAUUUGAAUAACUAGAUUAAUAUUUUUACAUGUUUAGAGAGGACAUAUUGCAUCUCUAUUCAUACAUAGUUAGGUUGGGAUCUAGUUGAUGAGCUGUGGACCUCUUUUAAGCAUAACUUAGACAUAUAUUUUAUAUUUGCCUGUUCAACAAGUUGCAAUGGCUAGUGGUAGUGGAAGUCCCAACAAGACAGAAUCUAGUGGGGUUCUGGCUUCCAUGGAGCCUGUUUUCUUGCAUGGUGAAUUGGAUGUGCGAAUCAUCGAAGCUAGGUCUCUUCCAAAUAUGGAUUUACCUGCAGAACAUAUGAGAAGAUGCUUUACUGUGUUUGGAAAUUGCACAAGCCCAUGUGGAAAUAAGGAAACAACGCAGUCACGAAGACAUUCAAUGAUCACAAGUGACCCUUAUGUAUCUGUUUGCCUUGCAGGGGCAACUGUUGCUCAAACUAGAAUCAUUGCCAACUGUGAGAACCCAUUAUGGGAUGAGCAAUUCUGUGUGCCAGUUGCACAUCCUGUAGUAAAAGUGGAGUUUCAUGUUAAGGAUAAUGAUGUGCUUGGGGCUGAACUAAUUGGAGUUGUAGAAGUACAUGUUGAGAAAAUCUUCUCAGGAAGUAUGAUUAAUGAUUGGUUUCCGAUCAUUGGCACUAAUGGAAAUUCUGCGAAGUCUGAACCUUUGCCUGAGUUGCAUAUCUCCAUUCAGUAUAAGCCAGUUGGUGAAAACUCUUUAUACAAAGAUGGUAUCGGUGCUGGACCAGAUUACAGAGGAGUUCCUGAUACAUACUUUCCACUUCGGAAAGGGGGGAAGUUGACUUUCUAUCAAGAUGCUCACGUACCUGAUGCAAUGCUACCUGAAAUUCCACUUGAUGGUGGAAACGUGUUCCAGCAUAAUAGAUGUUGGGAAGAUAUAUGCCAUGCCAUCUUGGAAGCCCAUCACCUGAUAUAUAUUAUAGGGUGGUCAGUAUUCCAUCCUGUCAAGCUCGUGAGGGAACCAACAAAGCCAUUACCUUCUGGGGGAGAGCUUACCCUAGGGGAAUUAUUGAAGUACAAGUCACAGGAAGGUGUCCGAGUGGUUUUGCUGAUAUGGGACGAUAAAACUUCGCAUGACAAGUUUUACUUGAAAACGGAUGGUGUCAUGCAGACCCAUGAUGAAGAAACUAAAAAAUUUUUCAAACACUCUACUGUCCAUUGUGUGCUUGCACCUCGUUAUGCCAGCAAUAAGCUUAGCAUUUUCAAGCAACAGGUCGUAGGAACUCUUUUUACACAUCAUCAGAAGAGUGUGGUUCUUGACACUCAAGCUUCAGGAAAUAAUCGGAAAAUUACUGCUUUCAUUGGUGGCCUGGAUUUAUGUGAUGGAAGAUACGACACUCCUGAACACAAGCUCUUUGGUGAUCUUGACACAAUCUUUGAUAAUGAUUUUCAUAAUCCGACAUUUACAUCCAAUGUCAAAAGCCCAAGGCAACCAUGGCAUGAUUUGCAUUGUAAAAUCGAGGGUCCAGCUGCAUAUGAUGUAUUGAAAAAUUUUGAACAAAGAUGGGGAAUAGCAGCAAAAUGGCGGGACUUCAAGCUCAGAAAGGUUACUCAUUGGCAUGAGGAUGCAUUGCUAAGGUUGGAACGCAUUUCAUGGAUACCCACACCCUCUCCUGGUCCUGAUGGUGACAAAAAUGUGUACGUCACUGAUGAAGAAGAUCCUGAGAAUUGGCAUGCACAGAUAUUCCGGUCUAUUGACUCUGGGUCUGUGAAGGGUUUUCCAAAAGCUACUGAGGAAGCUGUGGCUCAGAAUCUUGUGUGUGCGAAAGACCUAACAGUAGAUAAGAGCAUUCAUACUGCAUACAUAAAAGCAAUUAGAUCAGCGCAACAUUUCAUAUACAUUGAGAAUCAGUAUUUUCUUGGAUCUUCCUACUAUUGGCCAUCGUACAAAAAUGCAGGUGCUGAUAAUUUAAUCCCUAUGGAAUUGGCCUUCAAAAUUGCCAGCAAAAUCAGUGCAAAUGAGCGUUUCUCGGUAUAUAUAGUAAUACCAAUGUGGCCAGAGGGUGUCCCUUCUAGUUCUGCUGUGCAGGAAAUUUUGUUUUGGCAGGGGCAAACAAUGGCCAUGAUGUACAAGAUUAUUGCUAAGGCACUUGAAGAUGCUGGCCUUUCUGAUCAAUAUCACCCACAAGAAUAUUUGAACUUUUAUUGCCUGGGUAAACGUGAAGUUUCAUCUGAACAAAAUCCUUCCCAGAUAAACCAACAAUCUGACAACCGUACACUGGCAUCAGUUCAAAAAUACCGCAGAUUUAUGAUUUAUGUACAUUCCAAAGGGAUGAUAGUUGAUGAUGAAUAUGUGCUCGUAGGAUCAGCAAACAUUAACCAGAGAUCCUUAGAUGGUUCAAGGGACACAGAAAUUGCAGUGGGUGCUUACCAACCGACCUACACAUGGGCUGGAAAAAAAUCUCAUCCGCGUGGCCAGAUAUAUGGUUAUCGGAUGUCUCUUUGGGCCGAGCACCUUGGCAUCCUCGAGGAGGAGUUCCAAGAACCAGAGACUUUAGAAUGCAUAAAGCUUGUCAAUACGCUCGCCAAAGACAACUGGAAAACAUAUGUUGAUGAGGAGAACAAAGAGAUGAGAGGACACCUAAUGCAAUACCCGGUUCAGAUCAGCAGAGAUGGAGAAGUUAGUGCAUUGCCAGAUCAUGAAACAUUUCCUGAUGUUGGUGGCAAAAUUCUUGGAUCACCCACCAAUCUUCCUGAUGCUCUAACCACAUAACAUUCAGUUAGAUUUGCAAUGAAGUUCACCAGACAUGUAAAUGAGUUUAUACACUGAAAUAUAAUAGGAAGAACGAGUGAGCUAAGCCUUGAAAAGGCCAAAACACUGAGCAGUAAUCUGAGCAUGGACAUUUCUAACAUGUAAUUACAUCUGUGGACCAUAAGUUUGGGGAGAAAACUUCCGAGUGAUACUAGAGAGUUGAUAAUAUAGAAGAUAGUAUAAAUGAAAACAUGCUUGCCAUUCAUAUUGUGAUUGCUAAU